AUGCGAAAUGCAAAUGGAGAAUAAAUUAAUAAAUCAUAGUCAUAAGAGGAGAAGAAGAGUACGAGAGGAGAGGAGGCGAGGAGAGUCUUUGGUGGUAGCGAAGCAGCAGGGCAUCGACGAUGUUCUUUUGGGGCAUCUUUGUCUAAUCCUCCCAAAAGAUGAUUGCGUAAGCGAUGAUAAGGAAUCUUGAAUUAGGGUUUCUCCUCUCCUCGUUCUUCCUCUUGUGGAUUGGAACAGCUGAAGCAAAAUGUAGCCGUGGCUGCGAAACUGCCUUGGCAUCUUAUUACGUUACGGAGAACAAUACUCUUACAUCAAUCUCCCAACUCUUUGGCGGUGUCAACAUCAACUCAAUCCUUUCUUACAAUCUUUCCCAAAUCCCCAAUAAGGAUAGCAUCCAGACGGACACCAGGGUCAACGUCCCCUUCUCAUGUGAAUGCUUGAAAGGAGAUUUCUUGGGCUAUAUUUUCAAAUACCAGGUACAGCCGGGAGAUACUUAUAUAAAGAUUGCGACGGAAAAAUACAAGAACCUCACCACCAUUGAGUUGCUCCGGAUGUCCAAUUCCAUCGAUGAGAAUAACAUUCAGCUCAAUUCGUCUGUCGAUGUGCCCGUGAAUUGCUCUUGCGGUGACCGCCGCAUUUCAAGGGAUUAUGGGUUUUUUCUGACGUAUCCCCUCCGCCCGGAAGACAACCUGUCGUCUAUUGUUAAUACGCUUGGCACCCCUCCUCCUGAUGUCGUUCAGAGAUAUAACGAUGGUUUGAAUUUCAGCAGCGGAGCUGGACUGGCGUUUAUUCCUGUGAGAGAUCCAAGUGGAAGUUACCGGCCACUGAAAUCAAGCACAGGAAUUUCAGGGGGAGCUGUUGCUGGAAUCUCUGUUGCAGCAGUUGCCAUUAUACUGUUUCUGGGAGUUUGUCUAUACAUUGGUGCGUCUAGACGGAAGAAACUGAAGAAGGCAUCAUUGCUUCGACCACCCUUUGAAGAUAACUCUAUUCACCAUGGACAAGGUCCUGUCACUGCCUUAGAUAGAACUACAGAAUCAGUUGCACUUGUUGGUGCCAGUUCUCCGGGGCUUACAGGUAUUACUGUGGACAAGUCGGUAGAAUUCUCCUAUGAAGAGCUUGCCAAAGCUACGAGUGACUUCAGCUUGGCUAAUAAAAUUGGUGAAGGUGGCUUCGGUGCUGUUUAUUAUGCAGAGCUAAGAGGAGAGAAAGCUGCAAUUAAGAAGAUGGAUAUGCAAGCAACAAGAGAAUUUCUUGCAGAAUUGAAAGUUCUGACACAUGUUCAUCACUUGAACCUGGUGCGCUUGAUAGGAUAUUGCGUUGAGACUUCCUUAUUCCUAGUCUAUGAGUUCAUCGAGAAUGGAAAUUUAAGCCAACAUUUGCGUGGCUCAGGGAGGGAGCCACUACCAUGGUCCUCUAGAGUGCAAAUCGCCCUUGAUUCAGCAAGGGGUCUUGAAUACAUCCAUGAGCAUACUGUACCAGUCUAUAUCCACCGUGAUAUCAAAUCAGCGAACAUUUUGAUUGACAAGAAUUUCCAUGGAAAGGUCGCAGAUUUUGGACUGACUAAACUGACUGAAGUUGGAAGUACAUCACUGCCAACACGUCUGGUUGGUACAUUUGGAUACAUGCCCCCCGAGUAUGCUCAAUAUGGAGAUGUUUCUCCCAAGGUUGAUGUCUAUGCUUUUGGAGUUGUCCUUUAUGAACUUAUUUCAGCCAAGGAAGCAGUGGUCAAGACAGGUGGAUCUAUUGCCGAAUCAAAAGGACUUGUUGCACUGUUUGAGGAUGCUUUGAGUGAGCCUGAUCCUCGAGAAGAUCUUCGCAAGCUAGUGGAUCCUCGGCUUGGUGACAGCUACCCACUUGACUCGGUUCACAAGAUGGCCCAGCUUGCUAAGGCGUGCACACAAGAAAAUCCCCAACUGAGGCCAAGUAUGCGGUCUAUAGUUGUCGCAUUAAUGACGCUCUCAUCGUCGACCGAGGAUUGGGAUGUUGGCUCCUUCUAUGAAAACCAAGCUCUAGUCAAUCUCAUGUCCGGAAGGUAGUUAAGUUGUCACUCUGAUUGCUUUUUAAGGAGCAAUGUGCAAUGAAGGUCCGGUAUCAUGCUUCUUUUUCUUCUUUUUUUUGUCUAUCAUUUGUAAAUUUGAGUAAUGAGCAUUGUAAGUAGCAUUAAUAAGUUAAUCAGGGCCAAAUGCUUGUUUAGGAGUUUGCCACUAAAAGAAAGAAAUAAAAUGUUGUAUGUUGGCGUGCUGCA